AUGAACUUUCUCGUCCGCUCCAUCCGUGCUGUCCGUCCUGUCCGCAUGGCAUCUACUACAGUUCGUUCAUAUGCUACUGAAGCCGCUGUCACUGGUCUCCGCUUGACCCUUGCCGUCCCUCACCAGAUCAUCUACAAGGACGCCGCCGUCGCACAGGUCAACAUUGCCGCUGUCUCCGGUGACAUGGGUAUCCUCGCCAGCCACGUUUCCUCCAUUGAACAGCUUCGCCCAGGAGUCGUCGAGGUCAUCGAAGGAGCUGCUUCCAAGAAGUUCUUUGUCUCUGGAGGAUUUGCCACCAUGAACCCCGAUUCCACCCUCAACAUCAACGCCGUCGAGGCUUUCCCUGUCGAGGAGUUUAGUGCUGAGGCUAUCCGCAACAACCUUGCAGAGGCCCAGCGUAUUGCGAACUCUGGAGCAACCGAAGAGGAAAAGCUUGCUGCCAAGAUCGAAGUUGAGGUCUUGGAGUCCCUUCAGGCUGCUGUCAAUGCCAAGUAAACAAACACCAAUUGAGGGAGAGCACCAUAAUCUAGAUCCCAUUAUAGCCCUGAUUGCUAUCGUAGCCUUAGUUAUAGGAGUGAUUGUAACCCUGAUUGUUGUGGACGUGAUUGUAACUGUUGCGAGCCAUGCCCUCCCAAUGAUCGUGCUCAUAUCCAUUGUUGCUGUUGUUGUCUUUGGGGCUGCUGAUGUGCUGUGGAGGUGCUAUCAAGGUCCUUGAUGGUGAAGAUACAGGGGCCGGACUGCUGUUCUGUCCAUUGGCU